AUGUCGUUCUUUAGUCCCCGUCGUGCUGCUCUUUUGCUUUCCAUUGCAAUUGUAUGCGUAUAUGCUCAAGGCCAUGCUACAUCUGUUGCAAGCAUGAGCUUGCCUGAAAUAGAGGAACAACUCCAACAAUGUCCUCUUGUGCAAGAUCUCAACGCAUAUAAACAAGUCACGUCUCCGAUUACUUCGACUCUUACUUCUCGCAUAUUCGCAGUUCUUUUCCCUUCCACCCCAGCUGUCAAUGCACUUCUAGCAACCCUUUACAUCUCUGGACCCCCCAACUUUCUCCUCGCAUUAUGUCCACCAAAUAUCGAUCCUUCUUCUCUCUCCGUAAUGGUAGCAUUUGCAGUUGGCGGUCUUUUGGGUGAUACAUUAUUCCAUCUUCUUCCCGAAAUCUUCCUCGGCGAGGACGCCCAUGAGAAUGUGCGCUUCGUGUUGGUUGAACCAAAUCGCAAUUUAUUGUUGGGAGUCGCGAUUAUGGUUGGAUUCGUUACAUUUGUUGCUAUGGAUAAAGGACUAAGAAUUGCUACUGGUGGACAAGGCCAUGAACACUCGCAUAGUCAUGGUCAUGAGAGCGAGAAGGAAACUUCUGCUAUUUCAAGCAACUUGGAUGAUACACAUGCCAGAAGUACUAGAUCAAGAAAGAAGGAUAGCGGAAAGUCAAUUGUUGAGGUUGAGAAGACUGAAAAGGAGAUCAACUCUAGUGUGAAGCUUGCUGGAUAUCUUAAUCUCAUCGCUGAUUUCACUCACAACAUUACCGACGGUCUCGCCAUGUCCUCUUCCUUCUAUGCAUCCCCAACGAUUGGCGCAACAACCACAGUUGCAGUAUUCUUCCACGAGAUUCCUCACGAAGUCGGUGAUUUUGCUCUCUUAAUCCAAUCUGGUUUCUCCAAACGUGCAGCCAUGGGGGCACAAUUCGUAACCGCACUUGGAGCUCUCCUCGGCACGGUCAUCGGCAUCAUGAUCCAAGAAUAUGGUUCAAGCACAGAAGAAGGCGGUAUUGGCAGGUUUGAUGGCCUCAUGGGUACAAGUUUGGAGUGGGGUGAUAUGUUGUUGCCAUUUACAGCUGGAACAUUUUUGUAUGUGGGAACUGUAGCUGUUAUUCCGGAAUUAUUGGAGACUGGAAAGGAUAGGGGCCUAGAAUUGACGAAGACGCUGAAACAAUUCAUGGCUAUGGCAACGGGAGCCGGAAUUAUGCUUUACAUUUCUUGGUCAUAA